AACGUUUUGUUUUUCCCGGUAGAAGGCUGUGGGGGUAAUAGCAGCUGACAAGUUCAAUCCCACGUCACCAGAGUCAAUGUUGUUUUAUUGGUUUUAAAGUUUGUUAGAUCUUUUCAUCAGCUAAAAAUGGUGCUCAUUGCAGCAGCAGUUUGCACCAAAGCGGGCAAAGUUAUAUUUUCCCGUCAAUUCGUGGAGAUGACGAAAGCCCGCAUAGAAGGGUUAUUGUCAGCUUUCCCUAAGCUUAUGUCAUCUGGGAAACAGCACACUUUUGUUGAGACAGAAUCGGUGAGAUAUGUGUAUCAGCCAUUAGAUCGCCUCUAUAUGCUGCUAAUUACCACCAAAGCUAGCAAUAUCUUGGAAGACCUGGAAACACUCCGACUCUUUUCUCGAGUGAUACCUGAAUAUUGUCACAGCAUGGAUGAGGCUGAAAUUUUGGACAAUGCUUUCAAUCUAAUUUUUGCAUUUGAUGAAAUUGUGGCCCUGGGUUAUCGUGAAAGUGUUAACUUAGCUCAAAUUCGUACUUUUGUUGAGAUGGAUUCUCAUGAAGAAAAAGUGUACCAAGCUGUUCGCCAGACACAAGAACGUGAGGCAAAGAACAAAAUGCGUGAAAAAGCCAAGGAAUUGCAUCGUCAAAAAAUGGAAAAUGCUAAACGCGGAAUCAAAGGAGGAUCAAGCAGUUAUGGUGGAUCUGGAGGUUUUGGUGCUAAUAGCACAAUGUCUGCUAUGGGGGGUGGCUCAAACUUUAAAUCAAGUGCUGAUAAUGUUACCAGUGAUGUUCCUCGUUCAUCGUACACUCCUAUUUCGAAGCCUGCUGGACCUACUAAGGCAAUGAAAUUGACCAACAAGGGUCGAGAUGCUGAGUCAUUUAUUGAGUCACUGAAAUCAGAGGGAGAAAAUGUUGCUGCCCCUGUUGCAAACAAACCAACUGGCACAUCACAAAAAAUCUCUACUGCACCACCUGAAAAUGCUGACCCGAUUCAUUUACGGCUGGAAGAGAGAAUGGUUGUUGAAAUUGGCAGAGAUGGUGGAGUACGAAAUUUGGAGGUACAUGGAUUUGCCACCCUGAGAAUCAGUGAUGAGAAAUUUGGACGCAUUCGUGUAAGCUUGGAGAACAAAGAUCAACGUGGUAUUCAGCUACAGACACAUCCAAAUGUUGACAAGGAACUGUUCAAACUGAAGUCGCAAAUUGGUUUGAAGAAUCCUGGUAAGCCUUUUCCAAUGCAAACAGAUGUUGGUGUUCUCAAGUGGAGAUUCCACUCCACUGAUGAGUCUUCUGUCCCCUUGUCAAUCAACUGCUGGCCAUCUGAAAAUGGACAAGGAGGGUGUGAUGUUAAUAUUGAGUAUGAACUGGAACAUACUCAUUUGGAGUUAAACGAAGUGUGCAUCACCAUUCCUCUUUCUAUUGGAUGUAAUCCUGUAGUUGCUGAGUGUGAUGGCGAAUAUAAUCAUGACUCUCGAAAAAAUGUAUUGAUAUGGUCUAUGACCAUCCUUGAUUCGUCCAACAAGACUGGAUCACUUGAAUUCUCAGCACCCAAUUGUAACCCAGAUGACUUUUUCCCUCUGCAAGUCAACUUUGUCUGUAAACAGUCUUAUGCAAAUUUGAAGAUCACCGAAGUGCUACAAGUUGAUGAUAAUUCACCUGCGAAGUAUUCAUCAGAGACUGUUCUUUUCACAGAUAAAUAUGAAAUUGUUUAGAUGUUAGUUUUGAAGGGGUCAUGUACUUUGUAAACAAGGUUUGUAAUCGUGAUAAAUGAGAAAAAUAUGUAUGCAUUGAACAUGAUGAUUGUACCCUGAAGCCUUUGAAUUUUCUCAACAUUGCAUCUGUAGAAAGAAUGAAUUUGUAAAAAAAUAGAAUUAUGGAUCAAUUUUUAAAUUCAGUAUUUUUUGCAUGGAAAAAGUUAUUCUAUUCUAUGAUCUGUACAGAAAUCAUCUCUAUGAGCACAUAUUUUAAUUUUCACUUUAUUCCAAGGCAGGGCAUUUUAAUUUUGAGUAUAUGUCAUCUACUCUUGUAAAUAUUUGUAGGCACAGAAUUGUAUAGAGCUCCAGGGAUAGAACUUGAUAAGAAUAACUCUGUUGACUUGUACAGUACAGUUGUGAAUAUAGACAUCAAUGAGAUAUAACUUCUUAUGGUUGGUUCAGAGUUAGUUCACAAAGCGCAAGCGUGAUUUUAACGCCCACAACUUUACAUAGCCAUUGAGAGACUGACUUUCGUCACGCCUGGCGUGGUACUCGUGCUUGUGUUUUGUGAACUCUGAAUCCAUCUAAAUAAUGCUAUUGAACAGGAUUAUAAUCAUUUGAAAUUGACCAUAUGGGAAUAAGAUUCAUCACCCCUCAAGAUGAGGUGGUUGUUCUGGAAUAUUUCUGAGUUGAAACAGUGGUGAUGCUACUCAUUUCUCAAGGUUCACUUGGUCCUGUUUUAUUUUGAUAUUUCCACUUGAGUGACCGUAAAAUUCCCUUAAGAUAAUGCUUGCACGCAAAUUUUUACAUCUGAGAAAAUGUACUCAUAAAAUUACCCAUGUGGUAGAAGUUUUGCACAUUUUUGAUGGGUUUGGUAGCCCUUUCAACACUUAAAGCAAACUGGCAAAAUUCCAGUUGCAUAGUUGUUUGGAUAUUGCCUAUCUUAAAUCGUUGAUUUCUGAUGUUGUCCACAGCAUUUAUAUUUCAUAGACCACCCCAAAAUUCAGAAAUGUGCAUCAAAACAGCUAUUUUUUUAAAAUCUCAUACUCUUAUCUAUACAUGUCAUUCCAUGUAAAGUUUCACGACUGCAUAGAUUGGUGAAUGAUCAUUGAUCAUAAUGCCCUGUAAGGAACUGAAAAGAUUCUAUUUUGUUGACGAAUUAGGGGAAGUGGUCGGUAAAGACAGUAUAAGUUGUAUGGCAUCCACCAUAUAUUAUGCUUAGUUGUUUUGUUUAAUUUUUGUGUAACUUUUUAAUCGAACGCUCUACUUCUUGUCUAUCUAUUUUUUGUUUGUUUGUGAAAUAAACGAUAUUGAUACGCGGC